AUGAGGCUUCUCUUCGAGAAAGUCCGGCGCCUGGAGAGCGAACAUCAGCGCAACCACCAACCUCUCUGGGCAAAGCCACGACCUGGGCCCUUUACCGAACGCAUCCUUAAUUACCACCAGGAGAAGGACAUCCAGCCACUCCGCAUUGCCUUCUACACUGGCACAGAGGAUCCUCUCACCCACAUACAUUCUUUCCAGUCUGCCUUGGGGUGCAAGGGCCUCACUGACGAAGGCAUGUGUCUCCUCUUCCCUUCCACUCUCAGUGGCGCGGCCCUGAACUGGUUUUACAGGUUGAACCCCCGCACUAUCAAUACAUUUGACAGUCUGAAACAGGCUUUCCUGGACCAUUUCAUGAUCCAGACCGAUCGCCUCUACUCCGCGGACGACCUAUACAUGCUUAGACAGGGUGAGGAUGAGCCCCUUCGGGAGUAUGCAGCCAGGUUCAGCCACGAAUACUCCCGCUGCCCAGAUACUGAUGAUCGUGCCGCCUUCGGUGCUUUCAAGAGUGGCCUCCGAGAGUCUAACUUCCGGUACCUGGUCCACAGCAACCCUUGGAACACAUAUGCCGAGCUGAUGAAGCAAGCAGCAGUUCAUGCCAAGGCUGAGUACUUCAACUCCAAGCGCAGCCCAGCCAUCCCGGCGCAUAAUCCUUUUGCUGAUCCUCCACCUGCUUCGGUACCCAUCCCAGCUCCACCCCAACAUUCUGCCCCUGCACCAAGCACCCAGGGUGCCCAACACCCCAAGAGGAAGGAUAGCUACCAGCAUACCUUCAACAAUAACAAGCGGGGCAGACAUGGGAACCACCACCAGUCUAGUGGAAGCAACCCCCCCAGGACAAAUGACCGGGCCCCACUCCCAUUCUCACCCAAACCCAGGUUCGAGGUCUUCACCACCCUCAACACUACCUAUGAGAAUGUCCUAGUGCACGAGGCACCUAUCAUACCUCAGCCUCCACCCCGGAAACCAGGCAGCAAGCCUAUGCCUAACACGGGAGUCUUCUGUCGCUUUCAUCAGUUCGGUGGCCAUGAUACCGAAUCUUGUGUUGCCUUGCGCAACAUCAUUGAGGGACUUAUUCGCGAGGGGAAGCUGGAUAAAUACGUGCACAACCUCCCACCUAACCCUCACCAACGGCAGAUCAACAUGAUCUCAACCAUCAGCGGUGGCCCAACCAUGGCUGGCACCUCCAACAACUCCAUCAAACAUUAUGUCCGCUCUACUUAUGCGCACCAGGUCUUCAGUACUGAGCAGGGACGCUUGCCAAAGACACAAAAAACAGGCUGGGCCCCCAUUACCUUCUGCGAGGAGGAGGAGCGCGGCGUUAUCCUCCCUCAUGAUGACCCAAUCAUUAUCCGCGCCGACAUAUCUAACUUUGACGUUGGGCGCAUAUUGGUAGACACUGGCAGCUCAGUCAGUGUGAUGUUUGCUGAUGCCUUCAAUGAGCUCCAGGUUCCAUCUCAUUUGCUCGACCGAAGCGUCACACCCCUGGUGAGCUUUUCGGGUGAUGUGGUCCAGCCUAUUGGGAGCAUUCAUCUCCCUAUCUCUAUUGGAGCAGUUCCCCAGCGAACGACGGUCACCACUCCCUUCCUCAUCAUUGACUGCCCCACAGCCUACAACGUUAUCCUGGGACGCCCUGCCAUGGCCCAGAUGAAGGUCUUCAUUUCCACACAUAUGUUACUGUUGAAAUUUCCUACCCCCUAUGGCACGGGAACUGCGCGCGGUGAUCAACUGGGCGCCCGAAGCUGCUAUGCUUCAGCAGUAAAGUCUACUAAUCGCCAACAUAGGGGUGAGGCCCUAGCAGUAACCCAGGCCCUAGCCCCACCUCGAGCUGGCACUGAGCGCCCAGAGGACCCCAGGGAGGAAUCUGCCACCCAACAGGCCGAACCUGUGGAGGACCUUGAACUGGUCACUCUCCAUGAGGAUAUCCCGGACCGACAGGUCAGGAUCGGCACCUCCCUCUCACAAGAGCUUCGCUCUGAUCUUAUUGCCUUCCUCCGCCUCAACUCUGAAGUCUUUGCUUGGUCUUACAACGACAUGCCGGGCAUAUCACCUGACGUCAUCUCCCAUAGGCUAAGCAUUAAUCCUGUCGUCCGACCCGUUCGGCAGAAGCGUCGUGCUUAUGACCCAGAGCGGUAUGAGGCCAUGAAGGCGGAGGUGGAUAAGCUGAGCACCAUUGGUUUCAUCAAGGAGGUGGAUUAUCCCACCUGGCUAGCCAAUGUGGUAAUGGUACGUAAACUAAAGAAGGGUUGGCGCAUGUGCGUAGACUACACAAAUCUCAACCGGGCCUGCCCAAAGGAUAGUUUCCCCCUACCCCGCAUUGACCAGCUAGUUGACGCCACAGCUGGCCAAGCCCUCCUCAGCUUCAUGGAUGCUUACUCAGGGUACAACCAAAUCUUCAUGCAUCCUGAGGACCAAGCUCAUACAUCCUUCAUCACCGACCGUGGCCUUUACUGCUACAAAGUUAUGCCAUUCGGCCUCAAGAACGCCGGGGCUACAUAUCAGCGUCUGGUGAAUAGCAUCUUCGCUCCACUCAUUGGCAACACCAUGGAGGUUUAUGUUGAUGACAUGCUGGUCAAGAGUCGCACUGCCGACCAGCACAUCCCCAACCUCUCUGCCACGUUCACCAUUUUGAAGCAGUAUAGGAUGCGGCUCAACCCCACCAAGUGUGCAUUUGGGGUGGCCUCCGGCAAAUUCCUUGGCUUCAUGAUCAGCCAAAGAGGUAUUGAGGCCAACCCAGAGAAGAUCCAGGUUAUUUUGGACAUGACGAUACCCAAGACGGUCAAGGACAUUCAGAGCCUUACUGGGCGUGUCGCAGCCUGA